AUGACCACCACCACCACCACCUCGGCCGCCGCCGCGCCCGGCAUCCUCUACGUGACGAUGCAGCCGCAGCCGCAGCCCGGCCUCGACCUCUUCCACUUCCACGAGUGGUACAACAACGAGCACGGCCCAACCCGCCUCUCCAUCCCUUCCAUCUUCUCCAACGGCCUGCGCUACUCCUCCACCUCCACCCCUGCCUUCAUGGCCGUCUACGACGUCCGCCACAUGCCGCUCCUCGCCACGCCCACCUACACCACGCUGCGCGCGAACCGCUCCCCGCGCGAGGCCGCCACCAUUGCCCAAGUCGACGUCCGACGCGCCUUUUACGACCUGCUGCACACCAAAGCCGCGGACGAGUUCCAGCCCAUUGAGAGCUUGUCCGACGCCGAGGCCGCGGGCAUCGUCACCGUCGCCGUGGAAAUCUCCCUCACAGAGGACCCGGCCGCCGGAGACGCAUAUCAGGCCUGGUACACGGAGGAGCAUGUUGAGAUGCUGGCCAAGGUCCCCGGGUGGCUCCGCAGCCGCCUCUUCAAGACGUCGCCGCUCCAAGAGGCCGACAAGACGACAUACUUUUGCCUGCACGACUACGCGCCCACCAACGGCCUCGGCGGCCCCGUGCACGCCGCUUCCAUGGACACGCCGCGCCGCACCGCCGUCUUUGACAAAUACGUCGCCUCCAAAUCCCGGCAGACCUUUUCCCUCUUCUACGUCUUCGGCCCCGCCUCCCGGGACCUGCACUCCCUUGCGCACUUGCCCCCGACCGUCUCCGCCGACUUCACCUCAGCCGACAACACACUCUGCACCACCGCCACCUCCAUCACGUCGCGCAUCACCGCCGCCGACGGGCUUCUCAUCCCGUACCACCUCCAAGGCAACCCCGCGCCCGACGCGCCGGUCGUCGUCCUCAGCAACUCGCUCCUCACGUCGUACAGCAUGUGGGAUCCGCUCGUCGCCCUCCUCACCAAGCACCGUCCAGACCUGCGCGUGCUGCGCUACGACACGCGCGGACGGCACGCCGUCCCGCAGCCGCCCGUCGCCGCCACGCUCGCCGACCUGGCCGCCGACCUCGAGGCGCUGCGCACCGCCCUGCGCAUCGAACAGUUCGCCUGCGUCAUCGGCGUGUCCAUGGGCGGCGCCACGGCGCUCCGCUACGCGCUCACGCAUCCCGCGCGCGUCGGCCGCUUCGUCGCCGCCGACUUCAAUUGCGCCGCCGCCGCGUCCAACACGCAGGCGUGGCGGGACCGCAUCGCCGUCGCCCGGAGCGGCGGCAUGGCCGCGCUGGCAGGCCAGACGGUCGCUCGGUGGUUCCAUCCGGACACGCCGGCCGAGACGGCCGCGUGGAUGACGGAGAUUGUGACCGCCAAUGAUGUGGAAGGCUUCGCGCACAGCUGCACCGCGCUCUGGGACUACGACAUGCGCGCAGAGAUGCCGGCGUGCAAGGUUCCAGCCCUGAUGGUCGCCGGCGAGGCCGAUGGCAAGGGUGUCUUGGUGAAAGCCAUGGACGGUUUCAAAGGGCUUGUGGGUGAAAACGGCGCCGAGUUGCGGGUAGUGCCGCGGACGGGACACCUGCCCAUGUGUGAGAAAGCAGACGGUUUUUGGGAUGCUAUCAAGGACUUUGUCUGA